AUCUUCUCUCUCUCUCUCUCACUCUCAAUUCCAUAUAACUUAUACAUAUAUAUGUAUAUCCUCAUGAAUGGCUAUAACAUAACAUAACAUAACAUAUUCAUAUUCAUAUUCAGUUUCCUCUAGGUUUUACACACUCUGUUGAUGGACUAUUGCCUCUCCUACAACAUACCUUUCGUCCUGGAAUCUUUACCCUCCGCGGUGAAGAAGAACACUUUGAAGUCAUCGUCCCAAGGGCUUCGCAGACUCGUAUCCACAAACAACAAACUCCACUUCUUCGGCGAUCGGCGAUUUAAGCGGAGAGCGUUGAUUGCGGUGGCCAGUGCUGACUGUGAAUUCAGCAGCUUGAACACGCCGCUCGAGCCAAAGUCGUUUGCUGGGAAGUUUCUGAGCCGUGUAUUACAGAAUGACCUUGAUUACUUUCAUGUUGCUGUUGGUAAGCAGUUGGAGCAGUUAGCCGCUGAUCGGGAUGAAGCUGUUGCUCGCAUGAAUUUAAGCUUGGCUUCUGAUGAAGCCGCUCUUCACAGGAGGAUUGCAGAACUGAGAGAGCACGAGUGUGAGAUUGCAGUUGAAGAUGUGAUGUAUAUGUUAGUGUUACACAAAUUUAGUGAGAUCAGAGUCCAUUUGGUUCCAAGGCUCUCUAGAUGCAUUUAUAAUGGCAGACUAGAGAUAUGGCCUUCCAAGGACUGGGAGCUUGAGUCUAUUCACAACUUUGAGGUCUUAGAAAUGAUAAGGGAACAUCUGACCGCUGUCAUCGGCUGGAGGGCAGACUCUAAUGUUACAGACAAUUGGGCCACAACUCAGAUUCCACGACUCCAGCUCUGCGGAGUCUAUGCUGCUUCCAUCUUGUAUGGGUAUUUUCUGAAGUCCAUCUCCUUGAGGCACCACCUUGAACUAAGUGUUGCUGAGGCCAACUGCGAUCUUGGAAUAACAUGUCGAAACCCCCUUCCACAGUCAGAAUUGUGGUCGUGUGGGAUAAAGAAUAUUGCCUUUGGGCGCAUUAGCAACACACAGUCCAUAUCGGUGGGUCAAGAUUCAUGUAGCCGAGGAAAGAAACGUGAGAAACUGAGGCGGUACAUAAUGGGAUUUGACCCUGAGACAUUGCAGAUGCGUGCAAAGCCAAAAACAAAGGAGGUUGUGAAUCUAGUUGAGAAGCAUAGCUGCGCACUUUUUGGGGAUGAGAAGACGGGUUUGAUUGAGACCAAUGAGGUGAUUUUGACUUCACUAUCGAGCCUCAAGAGAAUAGUUUUGGAGGCUGUUGCAUUUGGUUCUUUCCUUUGGGACACGGAAGAAUAUGUGGACGCUGUAUAUAAGCUCAAGGAGAAUUGAUUAGGGAAAAAGUGAAGUUUAUGAAAGAUACAAGUCUUAAAUGUGUAUAUAUGAGUUCUCUGUUUUCAAAUCUUGCAGCACUCGCACUCGGGCGAAUUUUAUGAUGUAAAGUAUACAAUGGUUUUGUAAAUAAUGUAAAAUAUGGCUUUUGCCAGAUCCUGCUUUUGUUAGCUUUUUACUACUUUCUUGCUCAUAGGUAGUAAAACCAUCAAUCUGAAUAUUACUAGUGCCUUUUGUUUUUGGUG